UAGUAACAAACUUUAUUAAUAUAUUUUGUUUUUAACAUCAAGCAGGAUAAUUAUUAACAAUGACAUAAUUUAUUAAAUUACAUAAUUGCUUAUGCUUUGUUAUAUUUUUUCGUUAUUCUGUUCUGUUUUUUAUAUUAUUAUUUAUCAUCAUAAAAUAUUUUAUGCAUAAGUUUUAACGUCGUAUCAACUGCAUCUAAUAUUGCUCAAGUAUAUACACGUGUUUAUUUUACAAACGUUUUAGUUGUAUAAAUACAUAGAUAACUUUAUUUUCCUAUCUUUCAGCCUUGAAAAAGGGGUUAGCACGUGGUUGUGCCUACAAAAUCAAUAUAUAUGUAUAUAUAUAUAAACAAUACUUUAAAGACAAUUACAAUACUUAUAUUUUAAUUGAAUAUGCAGCAACUGCAAUGAGUGAAUUAUUAGGAUGGUAUGGUUAUGAUAAAGUGGAUAGUGGUUAUACAAAAAGUUUAAACCUGGAUCAUUUUACAUCUAUAUCUGAUGCAAAAAAUCAAGCACUUCAAACUGAUCAAGAUAUUGUUUCAAACAAACUGAGAUUAAAAUCGCCAGUAGUGAAUACAUCUGAUUCAAUUUUUGAAGUUUCCGAUGUACCACUGUCUUAUUCUAAUAAUAACUUAAUGUCUGUGAAUAGACAAUUAAUUUCAUCCCCCUUAUCAUUAAAACCAGUAUCUUUUAGUACUACAUCUAAAUUUCCAUAUGAAAGUUAUUCAAGUUCUAUUUACUCAGAUAAUAUAUCUUGUUCUUGGUGUGGUAAAAUUGUUCAAAUAUUUGAAUUAGAAAGAUCCAGUUCCUUUUCUUAUAAUAUGAUGGAUGAUUUAGGAUACUUUUGUAGUGAAAAUUGUUUUGCAGCUAGUAGAAGAGCAAUUUUUAAACAAGCAAAAACAUGUGACUGGUGCAGACAUAUACGAAAUCCAAUUAGAUAUGUUGAUCUUCAAGAUGGUAAAAGUCAGCUUCAAUUUUGUAGCAAUAAAUGUUUGAAUCAAUACAAAAUGAAUAUUUUUUGCCAUGAAACACAAACUCAUUUAAUGCUUCAAGGUUUAAAUAAUGUUCCUUUUCAUGAUACAGAGAAGAGUGGUUUAAUAACACCAGAAUUAUGGUUUCGAAGUUGUCAAUCACCAUUAAAUAGUCCUGCAGAGAAUACAUAUUUAGUUGAUACACAUUUGACUCAUAGUUUAUCAUCACAGCUUUGUGAGAACAGAUCAAUAGAAACAGAAGAACUUGAUAAUGAAAAAUCAGUAGACCCACAUAAAAAAUGGCCCAGUAAAAUCAAUUCAGUGUGCACAAAAAAAUGUACAAAAUCCAAUAAUUGCAAUGAACAUAAAAAGAAUUUUUGUACAGAAAUCAAUGAAUAUGAUAAAGAUCAAUCUUUAGUAAAUGAGAAAAGCAAAUGUUACCAUUCCAUGAUUAAUCAAACAAAUUGUAAAGAAAAUUAUUUAAGAAAAAAUGAUUUGAAUUGUAAGGACUUCAAACAGGAAUAUGCAAUGGAUACCAUGAAUAAUUCACAUAGCCUUAAAGAUAGCAACACAUAUUUAGAAAGGAACAUACAUGUAAAAAACAUAAGAAAUUUACAAGAAAAAGGAUAUGACACUCCAACAGAAAAUAUAUUACAAUCAUCAUCUUGGUUUUCAAACUCAACUACACCUACAAUGCAUCAUGAAAUUCCAUCUUUGUCUAAAUCUUGCGUAAAUGAACCUAACCAAAUAAGAUAUCAGAAUCAGACCAAUGUAUUUUCAAGAACUUCAUCAUUUAAACAAUCCAGUCCAACUGAAUUAUUUCAUUCAUUACCUCCUACAACACUUCUGCCCCCUGUUACAGUUCUUGUACCAUAUCCUCUACCUAUACCCAUACCAAUUCCUAUACCUAUUCCAGUUCCUAUAUCAACAGCAAUUUUUAGUAAAUUAGUGACUGAUAAAGAAGAUUCCAUAAAUAUAAAAGAUUCAAAUUGUAAAAAUGUGGAAUGUAAAAAUUCAAUAGAAAAUAAAUAUUCCGUUUUUGAUAAGCCACAGAUUAAAACAACGAACUUAUCAACAGCAGAAGACUCACAGCAAGUAAAAUUAGAUAAGUUUUCUUUUUCAUCAUCAUCUUUGAAAACUAAUAUUGAAAUCAAUGAUACUUCACACCAGUUACAACAGAAUAAAAAACUUUUAAGAAAAAGAAAACGCUCGAAUAAAAUCAUUAAUCAUGAACAUGAAAAAAUUCAGUUAAAAAAAAGGAAUAACUUUAUAGCAACUUAAAAGACAAUUUAUAAAAAGAUAUUUUUUAAUAAAAUGUAUAUAUUAUACAGAA